UCAACAACGUUUUUAAGUAACUUAGAUCACGGAAAGUUUAAGAUAACAAGUUAGCUAUCGUCUGUAUUACGCAGCAUUCACUAACAAUGAGCCAACAAUUGAUGCUUACCAAGUUUAAUGGAAGUUAUAUACCUUUUCAGUUUUAAUUCUCAUGUUGUCGUCAAGGGCAUCUUGUUGAAACUUUUAUCAUCUGAUAUUGAACUACAGCACUUAAAAAUGGCAGAUGGCAUGCUGCUACUAUCCUGGAACAGUCAUCAUGCAACAUUCUGUGAUAUACUUUCAAGACUUCGAGAAAAGGAAAACUUCACAGAUGUGACCUUGGCAUGUGAAGGAAAAUGCUACCCUUUACACAAACUGGUCUUGUCAACUUGUAGUGAAUAUCUUGAAAAGAUUUUUAAAAGCACACCUUGUAAGCAUCCUGUAAUUGUUCUUCAAGAUAUCAAAUGCAGUGAAUUAGAAGCACUAAUAAACUAUAUGUAUGUAGGUGAGGUUAAUGUGCCUCAGAGCUCCCUCUCUUUGCUGAUUAAAGCUGCUGAACUUUUGCAAGUUAAAGGUUUGGCUGUACCUGAUGAACCACCUUCAGGAAAUAAAAUGAAAGUUAAUGUUCACAAUAUGAGUGAUGACCGAACUAGUUCACAAAUCAAGAGAAGGAAAUGUGAGGAGAGCAUUACUUACAGUCAAAGAGAAUACCCUCAAGUUUCCAGUAAUUCCUCCCCGCUCUGCAAGGAGAGGAAACAGACAGAACAUUCUAAAAUCCAAGUUCAAAAUGCAGACCAAGUUAUUGACCAGCAUCAGACUUCUGAAAAAUCUCUCGGAUAUAUUGAGGAUGCAUUUGUUGAAACAGAUAUUAAAGAAGAGGUAUUAGAAGAUAUAGACACUGAUAAUGAUUUGGGCAUAGAUGCUUCAGACCCUGGCUUGAACUAUCAAACUCAUAAUUCUUCUUAUGAGAUGGAAAAUGUCAGAACAGAACAUGAUACAGGAGGCAAAUGCAGCAUUCCAUUAACUGGUGAAUAUGACAAACAACCUCUCAAUCAUUCGGAAAUGCUGUCACACCCACCUAUUGUGUCUGACGUGGCUGUUUCAUCAGAGUUGCAAGGGUGGAUGGCUGAAAGUGCACUUGGAGAAAUGACGGGAGUGGAAGGCUUCAAUAGCAUUGGAGGUCUUGAAUCAGCAUCUUUAAUUACUCACCAGGGAGCACCCUUACAAGAACAGCAGAUGGUAUAUCAGGAUGAUGAUCAAAAGGGAGCUUGGGGACCCUGGGAGAUGACGAGCAGUUUAAAGAAAAUCUACGAGUGUCCUAUAUGUUACCAGAGUUUUAGCAGCAGUUCUCCUUUGCUUAUUCAUAUUCGGAAACACACCAAGAAACCAUAUAUUUGUCCACACUGCUCCAAAAGUUUUAUGUACAAUUCAAUCCUUAAAGUUCAUCUACGGACUCAUACGGGAGAGAAGCCCUUUUCAUGCCCCCACUGUGAUUACAGAAGCACUCAAAGUGGUGCUCUGAAAACUCAUAUGAGGAUUCAUUCUAGAGAGCAGUCUUACACUUGUUCUGACUGUUCCUAUAAUUCAGCAAAGUUCAGCAAUCUUAAACGACAUAUAGCUGAGCAACAUCUGUAGUUUUUACUGAAUUACCUUGUGUGAAGCAUACUUAUAUGUACUGUACUCAGUUAAUAGCUUAAAAAAAAAGAUUAGAAGUUUUAAUAUAAAUACACACAAAUAAAAGUACAUACGAAUAAGUGAGGUACAGUAUAUAUUUCAAAAUUUGUGAUUACAUAAAAAGAAUGACUAUUGAACACAUUUGCAAUAAUCAUGAAUUUAAUUUUGUAAUAAAAAGAUUGGUAUCAGAAAUGGGAACAUUUUCUGGGGGAAGCACCUUCGGCUCCCCUGAGCUAUCCAGGCUGAUAUGAACAUAUUUGGGCCUGGCAUCAGUCAAAGCGAAUGGAGUUCUAGGCCUACUGGGUUUAACAGUAGGACUGUUAAUAUAGAAAGUCCAUAAGAUCUAACAUGAAAUAUUGUAGUUCACUAGAAGGGAGGAUACGGCCUUUGUAAAGUGGUAGGGAGUUGGUAGUGACCUGACUGGCUAGAGAGGGUCACCCCCCCAUAGCGAUGUGAGCUCAUAAUGUAGAAAUGGCAGCACCACAGACUCCCCUGUGUCAAGUCAUCCAACUAGGUGAAUAAUGAAAGGUAUUACAGAAUUAGUAGGAAUUAUCAAUCGGGGUUAAGUACUUAUGUUAAAAUUAACGUCAAUUGAGAAUAAUGAAUAAGUCUUGUAUGUUAUCAAAGAAGCAUUUGACUUCAUUAAGAUCUGAAUAUAGGUAAGACAUAUUUCGUCACUGGAAAAUAGGUACUACCAACUUGUUUGUUAAUUCCUGUAAAUUAAUGAAAUGCAAGGGCUAUUGAAUAUUGUAAUUAGCCUGGCUCUCAUAUCUAGAUUAUUCCCAAUUGUUUUGGGAUAAUAAGUCACCAUUAGGAUUUUUAGUUAGUAAUCUUCAAAGAUUAAUUUGGCAAUUGAGCUAGGUUCAGCCUCACACAAGGUCAGUGUGGAGAGGUUAGUCAGUGUGGGCUGUUUAUCAACUGGGUUCGGACUGAUCCCCUGGAGUCACGGCAGAACAUCGAGGCCUGACUGUGAUAUUUUAAGGUAUCUCUGUCUUGAGUUUAUUAUAAUGUAGAAAUCCACAUUAAUUGUAGUUAAUUACCAAUUGCCUCAGUUAGGAAAAUGUUCGGUUAGGAAGUGUUUCGAUAGUUUUAUUAAUUUUUAUUUUCAGUGUUAAUCUUUGAUUUAAUAAAUCUUUUAUUGAAUU